UCUCAGGAGGGCUUGCCAUUCCAACACUGAGACAGAAAGAGAGCUGGACCCUCUCGCUUCCCAGGAUGGUGAAGAUGAUGAGGAUUUGGACUGUGUUUGUCCUUGGCUUGGGAUUCUGGUCUUGCUCAGGAGUCCCCAUCUAUGACUACAACCCAUCCACUCUGAGGGAAGCCCUGGAUGCCUCGGUGGCUAAAGUGAAUUCCCAGGUGGUCCUGAGUCCGUACCUGUUUCGGGCGUUCAGAAGCUCAAUAAAGAGGGUCAAUCUCCUGGAUGAGGACAACUUGAGCAUGGACAUUGAGUUCAGCAUUCGAGAAACUGAGUGCCGGAGAGACUCCGGAGAAGACCCCUCUACCUGUAACUUCCAGAGGAGCCACCAUCUGCCCACAGCCCUGUGCAGAAGCUCCGUGCAGGUGUCCGCACAGCAGGUGCAGGACGUCCAGGUUCACUGCCGCUGGGUGUCCAGCUCGGAGUCUGACAGCAGUGAAGAGAUGAUUUUUGAGGACAUGCUGCGAUCCUAUACGUGGAGAAACAGUUACCUACAAGGUCUCAGCCCUGAUGAAGUCAGGAGUGGGCGAUUCUAUGAAAGGUCAUCAGAGCCCAGGAGAAGGCUCUUUCUUCCUGGAAACAGAAGGCACCCAGCCCACUGGCACAGAACAAGGACGUCUACUGGCUUUGAGGGUCACAGUGAGUCGGCAUUGACUGGAUGGCAGUGAGAGAGACCAUGCUCUGUCCUGAGAUUCCAGUCCUGAUGCCAACAGUCUGGUGAAUGCAGUUACCAUGGUGUCUCCUCAUCUCCUGAAACUCAACUUGCCUCCUGCCAAGCUCCCAACUCCUUCAAACGCAUUACCAUUCACCUAAUUUGCUCUAGCGAGAAGCCUUGGGGGGCAUCAUUGACUUUGUCUUUUGUCUUCUCCCAACAUCCCCAGGGGUUCAGUCUCAUUGCUUUGCCCACACAUCCUCGCUGCAAUUGACCCCUCAGUUCAUCACUCUCCCCGCUGCCUGGGCUCUGAUCUCCUGGGGUCUGCCCAGCACUCUGCCCUCCAGCUUAUCUUUAAAUGCAGGGAAGGCUCUGUCCCUUUCCUACCUAAAGCCCUUUGAAGUUUGCUGUCCUUAGGGACUGAAACAGAGCCGUGUACAAACCAGAUGCUGAACAACCUGAUUGCACCCCAGUGCUUUGAAGAGUCGAACCUUGGCCCUGGUUGACCAAACCCACACAGUCCUCCAGUCUCAUGUUGAUAAUAAGUCCCCGGGGUCUGGGGCCAAUGGAACUCUGUUUCUGGAGGUGCUCAGGUGCUAGAGAGCCAUCCUGAAGGACAUACUUACGAGGUAUCAGUGAUAUAUUGGAGACAGUUGCAGUGGGCGUCUGUUCAGGAGACUUAUUUACAUACGUGCACUUAAGUUAAUGAAGCUUGGACUUCACAGGCUUUACAGCUCACCUAACAGUGUGUGGCCUUGCAGAUAAAGUCCAAAUUCUUUAGUGUGGCCCACAAAGCUCUUCAUAAUUGUGCCUCUCUGGCCACCUCUCUAAUCCCAUGUCUCCCAAGUCCUCCUGCCCUAAGCUCCCACAAUGCUGAGCAGAUUGCAAUUCCUCCUGCUGUAGCCUCUACCUGGAACAUCUACCUGGUGAAUUCCUCCUCGCCACUGAGGUCCUGGAGCCCUAGGGCACAGUGGUUACGCAUUGGACUUCUAUCCACAAGGUCAGCAGUUUGAAACCACCAGCUGCUCCAAAGGAGAA